GCAUUAUGAGUCUUGAAAAACUUUCGCGAAUUGGUGUUGGAAUGUAUCGAAUGUGUCUUGGAAAUAUUGAAAAUCAAAAGGCUUUUAUGAAAGCUUUAAUAAAAGAUACUGAUAAAACUAAAAUUAAUGUGAUUGAUACUUCAACAAAUUAUUGUGAUGGCGAUAGUGAAAGAUUAAUCGGGGAAGUUCUUUCAUCUCAAAAUAAAAAUUAUUUGAGUCGUGAGGAAUUGUGUAUAGCAUCGAAAUUUGGUUACAUUCAAGGAGAAAAUCUCGCAUUAUACCAUAACGGAGUGUUUAAGAACAUACCGAAUGGAAACAUUGUCAAAUACAUGGGAAAUUGCUAUCAUUGUAUUCACCCGGAGUUCAUGAGAGAUCAAUUGAAUCGUAGUUUGUCUCGACUACAAACCAAGUAUCUGGAUAUUUUGUUCAUCCAUAAUCCUGAAUAUUUUCUUAUCCACAAUAUUAACUGUUCCGACGAAACGAAAAUUAAAGAUUUUCGAAAACAGAUGUUGGAAAGAAUUGGUCAAACUUUUGAAGCAAUGGAAGAGGUCUUAAAAUUAGGCCUUAUUCGUUCCUACGGCAUUAGUUCAAAUAGUUUUUCUCUACCACAUGAUGACAACCAUUUUCUUCCGUAUGAAAGUUUGAUUGACAUUGCCAAGGGUGCAGCAAAGCGCGUUAGAGGAACAGAGAAUCAUGGAUUUUCUGCAGUGCAAAUGCCGGGUAAUUUGUUGGAACAAGUUGGGUUAAGGACUACUGCAAAAUGGGCCAAAGAAAAUGGACUAAAAGUUUUCAUAAACAGACCACUUAAUGCAUUCAAUAAUGACGGCUCAUUUCGCCUGGCCAGCUAUCCAAAACCAUCAUAUGACUAUAUCAGACAAACCACCCUGUCAAAUCUGGAAACUCAAACUAAAGGUGACUCUGACGGUAUAAAAACGACUUAUAAAUUUAUUAUAGAUUUAGUUAAACAAUUAGAUAACAAACUUCCCGACAUCGAAAAUGUGUUUGACUGGGAAUUCUACCGCCAAUCUGUUAACGUUACAUUAAGACAAUUUCGUGGAAAUUUGACCGUCAACUCAAUAUUGCAACCUUUUUUGGAGGCACUUGAUGCCGAGGUUAGACAUCGCGGGUCUCAACAAGUAAGAAAGUAUUUGAUCGAAUGUCAAGGGUUCGAUGCAUUGGCAAAAAACGAAAAUAUAUCAAUUGAAGAGUUUUCCUUGGAGUUCUUACUCGAAAGUGGUGUGGUUGAUGUCGUACUAAUGGGAAUGACUCGUGAGGUAUAA